AUGUCGGACAGGUCGCACCUCACCGCGAGGAUUGUCUCGAGUAUUGCAGCAACCUGUAUCUCGUUGGCCUGCGGAACCAAUUAUGUGUAUUCGGCAUGGGGUCCUCAAUUCGCCGAGAAGCUCAAGCUCUCGUCAACCCAGCAGAACAUGAUUGGAUUGUCUGCCAACCUGGGCAUGUAUUCGCUGGGAAUACCUAUUGGCAUGUUGGUCGACGCAAAAGGACCACGAAUUGCUACUAUGGUGGGCGCCGUCCUACUCGCCGCGGGCUACUUUCCCCUACACCAAGCAUACGAUAGAGGAUUCGAAUCUAUGCCAGUACCAAUACUGUGCAUGUUCUCAUACUUUACCGGUCUGGGCGGUUGUGCAGCUUUUGCUGCUGCAGUCAAGACAUCUGCGUUGAACUGGCCUCACCAUCGAGGGACGGCUACAGGGUUUCCCCUGGCGGCAUUCGGUUUAAGUGCCUUUUUCUUCUCGAUGUUCAAGCAGUUUGUAAUGCCAGGAAGUACUGGAGACUUUCUCUUUCUAUUGGCCUGUGGAACUUUUGGGCUGGUAUUUGUCUCUUUCUUCUUCCUCCGGGUACUACCACACUCUCAUUACAGCGCCGUUCCGUCAGGCAAUCGAUUACACAAAACAAAGUCGGAGGAUAGCAAGCACCGACGAGAGCACGCAUUAGAGCCAGAACCAGGUACGUCCAAAUUUGUAGUAGAGCACCUCGACCAAGGAGACGCCCUAAAUCAACAUCACGUAGAAGUCGAAGCACCUGACGAGGACUUGAACCCCACAUCCGAAACAGACGAGACUUCCUCCUUGAUGUCCAAAUCCUCCUCCUCCUCAGUCCGUGGUGAUGGCGUGGUAUCUGAAGAAAUUUUUAUUAAGGAUCAUGCCCAUCGUGUAGAUAUUCGGGGUCUUCAAAUGCUUUCCAUGCUCGAGUUUUGGCAAUUAUUCUCAUUGAUGGGAAUUCUCACGGGAAUUGGCCUGAUGACUAUAAACAAUAUUGGCAACGAUGCCAACGCCCUAUGGCGCCACUACGAUGAUUCUGUGACCGACGACUUUGUUCAGAAGCGUCAGGCGAUGCACGUCUCCAUUCUCUCUGUCUGUAGUUUUAUCGGACGUCUUCUCAGUGGCGUUGGGUCCGACUUCCUUCACAAAGUCCUCCGCGCUUCUCGACUAUGGUGCCUAACCCUCGCCGCCGUCGUCUUCCUCAUCGCUCAAUUCGCGGCGCUUAACAUCACAAACCCUCACCAACUAGUCAUCGUCUCAUCUUUCACUGGGUUAGCAUACGGCUUCCUCUUUGGCUGCUUCCCAUCCCUCGUCGCUGAAGCCUUUGGCAUACAUGGAAUGUCCACAAACUGGGGAUGCAUGACGCUAAGUCCCGUCAUAAGCGGGAAUGUUUUUAAUUUGUUUUACGGAAUGGUAUACGAUCAUCACAGCAUCGUUAACAAAGAUGGGGAACGCGUGUGUACUGAGGGAUUGGCGUGUUAUCGCAGUGCCUAUCUUGUUACUGUGGCAGCGUGUGUGCUUGGACUUGCUAUAAGCUUGUGGAGUAUUAGGUAUACCCACAUUGCCCGCAUACAAGAAGAGAAGUUGAGAGAGUUGGAGGAGCGGGAAGAAUGA